AUGGAUGAUCCAUUUCCAGUCGACUUACUAAAUGGAUAUAUCGAAAGUAAAGAUGAUGAUAGAAUUCUUCACGCUUUAAAUAGGAUUAUAAAAAAUCCGAAGACUGUAUCAUGUGAUAUUAGUUCUAGCAUUCGUUUGCUAUUAAAAAAUGAACAAGUUCAAACGUUGACUGCUCAAGCCGUCGCCGAAUUAGCAAAAAUGAAUGAUCAAAGAUCAUUUUUAUCUAAUAAAGUCAUUAUUAAUGAUUUGCUAACAUUGCUUAAUAAGGCUAUUGCAAGUAACGAAAUUUUCUUUGCCAUUCAACUCUGCAGAGCAUUAGGCAAUCUUUGUUUUGAAAACAAUGACUCUUCUAACAUAUUGGCAGAGUUAAAUGUGAUAGAAACUUUUACAAAACUUUUAAAUGAAGCAAUUAAGUUGAAUGAUGAUCAGUGCCAACAGUUCAGAUCUGUUAUUUGCGGAUUUUUAUUAAAUUUUCUUAUGCACCAAGAAGAUGUAUUAAAGAGUACAUGGGAAUCUGGAUUGUUUCUGGAUAAGUUAGAAUUAAUUCUGAAUAUGGAUAAUAAUACAAUUGACAACAAAAAUGAGUGUUCUAGACACAUAGUAUAUAUUCUUGGUUUAUAUUCUGAUACUAUAGACGAAUGCUUCUUCACCAAAUCACUCAAUUCAGUUAUAGUGGAUUUAUUAAAAAGGUCAGAAAAUUUGGAUAUAUCUGAAAUGUGUUUGCAAUUAUUACAACAACAAUGUGAAAGUGAUAAUCUGAAGUUUGCACUAGCCAAAUGUGGAUUAUGUGAAACACUCUACAGUUGUUUAGAAAAACAUAUUUCACUUGCAACUGAUCCACAAAUUCAAGCUCUAGUUCAACAAGCAUGUGAAAUAAUAGUAACAGUUCUAACAGGCGAUGACGCCAUGCAUUACCUUUAUGGCAACAAGGACUUUGUUCAAUGUAUGAUAAAUUGGCUUUCUAGUACAGAACCAGAGUUACUUGUGACUGGUGUAUUAGCAAUAGGAAACUUUUCUAGAACGGAACAACAUUGCAUAGACAUGGUGGAAAAUGGAAUAAUGAAUAAGUUAUUGUAUAUUCUCUCAAAACACAAAUCAAAAUCUAGUGAUAUCAGAUUGCAACACGCCCUCUUAAGUGCUUUGCGUAACAUAGCUAUUCCACAACAAAAUAAGUCCAAGUUAAUUGAAUGCAAUUUAGUGCCACUUGCAAUAUCAAUGCUUGAUAAUGAUCAUCCUUCCAUCAUAUAUAAAAUUUUAGGAACAUUGCGAAUGUUAGUUAUAUGCCAAGAGAAUGUAGCUAUUGAGCUUCUAAAAAAUGAGGAAUUGAUUAGUAAGUUGGCAGAUUGGGCAGACAACAAUGAUCACCCAGGUGUAUCUGGUGAAAGCCCUAGGCUCAUAGCCUGGUUAAUCAAGUAUUGUGGUCAGGUCCAGGACCCAAACAAAUCAGAUAUUAUAAAAAACGUAAUAUUAUCAUUUGUGAAAAUAAAAGGGAGUAUAGCCUGUCUUAUAAAUAUGCUUUCAUCAUCACAUGAAGUUAUGCAAAAUGAAGGAUUAUUGGCUUUAAUAUUUUUAUUAAGUAUGUUAGUAUUAGGAAAUAAUACUGAUGAGGAUAAAAAAAAAAUAGGACAAAUUUUAUUAGAUGCAGAUAUAAUUUCUAAAUUAAAUUUAUUUUUAAAAGCCACUAAAAAUGAAAGCAAAGAAUUGCUUGAUAAUGCAAUUUUUUUGAUAAAGCUUCUUAUGAAUUUACAAAAUGUUAGAGAUCUGUUAAUUGAAAGCGACAUGAAAUUAAAAUUAGAAAAUUUACAAUCUGAAAAAAAUUUCAGUGAUAAGCUAGAAAUAAUUCAAGAUAUCCUAAAUAAUUUUAAUUUCCAGUAA